CACUGACGCGCUCCAUCAUUUAGAGCCGACAGGGAGGAGAGAUCCUUCUCAUUGUCUGGUGUCUGCCUAGACUCCGGAUUCUGGCUCGACAAUGCUCACAGAGAGGUGCUUGGGAUUAGUCUACUCUGGUUUAUAUCUCUGGGCAUCCUCGUUCCUGUCAUUUGUCAAAGUCUCCCAGCAAGGGGAAAACCAAAGGCGGCUCUACCGAGAACUUCUGAAAAACUACAAUCGCUUGGAACGGCCUGUCGUGAACGAUUCACAAUCCCUUGUGGUAGAACUGCAGUUGUCAUUGCUACAAAUAAUUGAUGUGGAUGAAAAGAACCAGGUCUUGAUAACAAAUGCAUGGUUACAGAUGUCCUGGAUUGAUGUGUACUUGAAGUGGGACCAGAAUGAAUAUCCAGGCGUCCAGAACUUACGAUUUCCAGCUGAUCAGAUUUGGGUGCCAGACAUUCUUCUGUACAACAGUGCAGACGAGAGAUUUGAUGCAACAUUUCAUACCAACGUUCUGGUAAACUACUCGGGAUCCUGUCAGUACAUACCUCCAGGCAUCCUGAAGAGCACAUGUUACAUUGAUGUUCGCUGGUUUCCUUUUGAUGUACAGAAAUGUAAUUUGAAAUUUGGUUCGUGGACACACAACGGGUGGCUGCUUGAUCUGCAGAUGCUGGAAGCCGAUAUUUCUAAUUACAUAUCAAACGGAGAAUGGGAUUUAGUGGGCGUCCCAGGAGAGAGGAACGAGUUGUACUAUGAGUGCUGCAAAGAGCCGUAUCCCGAUGUGACUUACACUGUGACAAUGCGCCGGCGCACCCUCUACUAUGGUUUGAAUUUGCUGAUUCCCUGCGUCCUGAUCUCAGGCUUAGCACUGCUUGUCUUCUUGCUGCCAGCUGACUCUGGGGAAAAAAUAUCUUUGGGUAUUACAGUCCUCCUGUCCUUGACGGUUUUCAUGCUGCUUGUAGCAGAGAUCAUGCCUGCCACUUCGGAUUCUGUUCCUUUAAUAGCUCAGUAUUUUGCAAGCAUCAUGGUGAUCGUUGGCUUAUCUGUGGUGGUGACGGUUUUGGUCCUCCAGUUUCAUCAUCAUGACCCUCAAGCAGGCAAGAUGCCACGAUGGGUCCGUGUUAUUUUGCUGAACUGGUGUGCUUGGUUUCUGAGAAUGAAAAAACCUGGGGAGAGCAUAAGACCCCUUUCUUGCAAAUACUCAAGACACCAGUCAAGUGUCAGCAGUGUGGAAAUGAACGUCUUACCAGGACACCAGUCAAGCAACGGCAAUGUAAUCUACAGCUACCAUCCUAUGGAAAACCCUUGUUGCCCACAGAACAGUGACGCAGGCGGCAAGGGAGGGAAGGUCCCCAGCUCUUCACCUGAAGACACGGAACUUCUGCAGCAGAAAGCUUUAAUGGACACUAUCCCAGUGAUUGUGAAAAUCCUGGAAGAAGUUCAGUUCAUUGCCGCUCGUUUCCGAAAACAGGAUGAAGGGGAAGAAAUCUGCAGCGAAUGGAAGUUUGCAGCAGCGGUCAUAGACAGAUUGUGCCUCGUGGCGUUUUCCCUGUUUGCUGUCAUCUGCACCCUCACAAUACUGAUGUCGGCGCCAAAUUUUAUCGAAGCCGUUACAAAAGAUUUUACAUAA